AUGGCGACGCCGCCUCCCGAGGCCCCUUCUGUUAUCAAGGAGGAGAAGCCUCAACUGCCGCCGUCGCCAAAUGGCGUCUCUGAUGGUGGUCCCGCAGGUGUGAAAAGUCCCGCUCCCGAUGCCAAACCAGACGCGUCAGUGAAUGGGACAAGCGAGCCCACGUCACCAAAGCCUGCCGCAGUGAAUGGCCAUGGCGCAGAUCAGAAGACCCCCGCCAACGGUGCCGAUGCAGCAUCGCCUCCCAAGUCCCCGGCUCGCACCCCUGUUGAUGCCUCGCCUCAACAACCCGCAUCAUCUGAAGCAGCUAAACCUUCGAACAUGGAUUCUGCUGCGACCGAUGAGAACACCAAAGAAACAGUCGGAGACAACCCUACUUCAAGUGGACCGACCGCGCAAGAGCCUACCAACGGCACCGGCGCAGACAAGCCUAUCCCCAGUGACCCCCAGCCCGUCCAGGAUGCUGCGAAGCCAUCGGCAGAAGAACCCUCGUCUGGUACCAGUGGCGAAGGAAAAUCGCAGCAGCCGCAAGAAUCCCCUUCGGUGAAAACUGAACUUCCUCAUCAUCCUCCUACCAGUGCCAAACCUGACAGCGCAUCGAAUGAUGCUCCUGCCAGCAAUGCGCCGUCUGUACCCCCACUGCAGACUACAGAUCAGGAGAUGAAAGACGCGCCGGAUGCUCCGGUCUCUCCGACGAAGGUGUCGCGGGAGCGCGAGCCAGACCCCGCCGAUGAGCCAGCUGCAAAACGUACCAAGAUUGGGGGCGAAGGGUCAGCACCGGUGGAAUUCAAAGCCCCGGAGCCGCCUACGCCUGCAACCGAAGGCCCUGCGCAAGCAAAGGCGAACGGAGAGACCAGCAUGACCAAGGUCCAGCACAAAUUUCUCCUGAAAGGCAUCCAGACCCUUAAGCGUACGAACGACGCGCGUUUCUACAGGGAGCCUGUUGAUCCUAUCAAGCUGAACAUCCCCCAUUACCCCCAGUUCAUUAAGAAACCCAUGGAUCUUGGAACCAUCGAGCGCAAGCUGAAGGACAAUGAGUACAAGUCAGCGCAGGCGGUUGUUGAUGACUUCGCUCUGAUGGUCCAAAAUGCGUUGACCUUCAACGGUGCUGAUCACGUGGUCUCGCAAGAGGGUCAGAGGCUCAAGGCUGCGUUUGAUAAGCAACUGGUUAACCUGCCUAAGCCGGACGAGGUGGAGGAGAAGAAGCCCAAAAAGGCCUCUCAAAAGGAGCCACGAACAAGUAUCGGACACACCCCCACUGCGCGUGCGACUGGCAACUCGCCCCAAGCCACCACCUUUGCCCUUGGACCGGAAGGCCUGCCGCUCAUCCGUCGCGAUUCUACCACCGUGGACGGACGGCCUAAGCGAUCCAUCCACCCUCCUAAACGAGAUCUUCCUUACUCAACGAAGCCAAAGAAGAAGAAGUAUCAGUGGGAGCUUCGGUUCUGCCAGGAGCUGCUGGAUGAUCUGCAUAAGCCUAGGCAUUAUAACUACGCGCUGCCAUUUUACUGGCCCGUGGAUCCAGUUGCCUUGAACAUCCCGACAUACCACAACAUCAUCAAGAAGCCAAUGGAUUUGUCGACCGUGCAGUCCAAGCUCAAAACGGGUCAGUAUGAGAAUUCGAAGGAGUUCGAGGCUGAUAUGCGCCUAAUCUUCAAGAAUUGCUUCAAAUUCAACAUCGUGGGGGAUCCUACCUAUUUGGCCGGCCAGAAAUUCCAGGAAGUUUUCAAUGAGAAGUGGGCGCAAAAAGCGCGCUACUUGGAGGCCCACGAGCCGCACCCCGAGCAUCACAGCGCUGCUUCUUCCGAGGAGAGCGAAGAGGAAGCCGAGGAAAGCGAGUCCGACAAUGAAAAACUAGGCCUGUUGCAGAAGCAGAUUGAGGAGAUGUCUCGUCAAGUAGAAGCCAUCACUCAGAAGAAAAAGAAAACCCCGCCUGGAUCGAAGAAGGUCGGGACAACCAAGUCGAAGUCUGCCAGCAAGAAGGAGGGCAAGAAGCCCGCCUCUGCCAACCCAGUCAAGAAGGACAAGAAGAGCAGCAGCUCGAAGAUUUCCAAGCCCGAAAAGCCACGCUGGGUCACGUACAAUGAGAAACAGGUUAUCUCCAAUGGCAUCAGUAGCCUUCCCGACAAGAAGAUGCAAGAGGCUCUCAAGAUCAUCCAGAGCAACGUUCCGAGUCUCAAGGGAACCCAAGAGACGGAAAUUGAACUUGAUAUUGAUGAGUUGCCCAACGAUGUUCUUCUGAUGCUACUCAAGUUCGUGAAGAAGAACGCGCCGCACGUCAUGGAAGAAGAGGAAGCGCCGCCAGCUCCUGCCACCACCAACGCCAACGCUCAUGCGGCGCCUCCUAAGCCCAAGAAGAACAAACCUAUGAGCAAGUAUGAACAGGAAGCUCAGAUCAACAUGCUGCAGAGCAAUUUGUCCCGGUUCGAGGGUGGCGGUGGACGCUCGCCCGAUCCGAUGCCCUCCGUCGAAGCCAACGAAAGUAGCGAUGACUCCGACGACGAUUCCGAGGAGAGUGAAGAGGAGUAG